AUGUGCGCACUCAAGACGCCAAAGCGCUUGGGUCUGACCGGAACGCCCCUGGAAAACGACUACGACGAAGUCCAGACCUUGAUGAAGUGGCUGGAAAUCAAGCCAUGGAACGAUCGGAAGGUAUCCAACGAAUACUUCGCGUCGAAAAGGCCGAAGAGUCUGAGGGCUUGCGUCUUCCCUCUGAGGAUCGACGACGCCUUCGAUGGGGAGCAGUUGGUCGAGUUCUCGCGAGCUAUCGAAAACCAUACCCUGGUGACACUCUUAUCCUCGGAGUCUGCUCAUCAGAAAACUGGAACUCCCCUCGAAAAUGAUUACGACGAGGUUCAAACCCUCAUGAAAUGGCUAAGGAUCCAACCCUGGAACGACAUCAAAGUAUUUAAUGACUACUUCGCCAUCAAGAAGCCGAAGAAGACCAAGACGAAGACCCUCAGGGGCGUAAGAAACGCGAUCCUCUCCACCAGUCUGCGGGCCUGCUUCUCCACCCUCGCAAUCGACGACACUUUCAAUGGAGGUCGCCUCGUUGAAUUCUCGCGACACAGCGUGAGAAACACGAAGUUGACACUACCGACGGCCGAGGCGGCCCACCAGAAAGAAACAAGACCCAUUUGGGGUAAGCAGAAGGGGGGGAAGGACAGAGAGCGGUGGUCCGAGAAACUCCGCGUUCGGGCCCUACCAGAGGUCCUCAAAGUACGCAUGAAGGUGGUGCAUCCAGGAGUGGCCGCUGGGGUAUGGACACCCAGACGGUCUCCGUCUUCCGUCUCCAUUCAGUCUACCGGCCAGGACGCUCAGCUGCGGUACCGACACCUGGGCAUCGUCUUCUUUGCCGCAUUCGAUCAGGUUGCGACGCACAACGCUGUCGUGAACUAUGAGGGCGAAAGUUACGUGGACAUGAGUCACAACUUACGAAGAACGGAGGAAGCGCGCGGGAGACAAAGCCUUAGCGAAGAUGAUGAGGGAGCGAACCUUGCCAAAGAUUCUGAGAGCAAGGAUGAAUAUGGGGGUGCGAAAGACUUUGAGGGGCUCGGCCUUGACUUAGAGGCGACCAUGGGUCUGGCUCACAAAAACAUCUUCCUCGAUAUGAGCCACAAGCAGGCGCAACAGCAUCUCUUGGAUGAAACCAAGGACGACUGGAGCUCUGCACGCAUCAACACGCCGAUGCAGCAACUCGUCCCCAUUCAUGAGGCGGCCACGGAGGGCAAAAUUAUCGUAGUAGAUGACUUCCUCCAGUCUUUGGACGUGGUCAGUAAUGCGCUUCGGGCUGCGGGAAUUGAGUUCCUCACGUUUAAUGGCCACAUGACCCUGGAGGAGAGGGAUGAAGUGCGAGCUCGCUUCAAUGACCCCGAUGAUCCGGUCAGAGUGAUGCUUGCCACCAUCCAGUGUUUCGGUCUUGGGCUUACCCUUGUGGACGCAAACCACAUGUUCAUUUUGACACCGCGAUGGAACCCUGCCACCGAUGCGCAGGCGGUCGCCCGAGUGAACAGGAUCAAUGUCAAAGCAGCAAAGGCAAAGAGAGAGCUGAUCAAGUCGGAAUGGCUUGAAGCCUUCAAGACCCUCGACGAAACAAAGAAAAGGCCCAUCGACAACGUCUCAGGGGCAAGCAAACCAGGAACUCCAGCGAAGAAGCCACGACUCGUCAACAUCGGUGAAAACUUCAAAGUUUUCUUGAAUGGUGAAGAGCUCUCCAGCAAGAUCUUGGAAAGAAUGGCCAAGGACAGGAUUGGGCAGGACCGAGAGGUCACUGUAUGGACAUAUGAGUCGCCAAAUUCUAUCGAGGCUUACGUCACAAAAGCCCGAAAGAAGAAGAAGAGGAUCAAGGCCAAGUUGGGGUUCCACCAUGACGGCGUGAGCAUGAAUCUGAAGAACUAG